AUGCCUGGAGAUAAGGAGGGAUCGCCAGCCGAGGCAAGCAAUGACGGGAGUCGCGCCCCGGGUACAUUGCGCUCGUGCGCCCAGACCUUUGGCGUCUCGCCCAUGUUGCAUCUGGUGAUGGUGGCACCACGACAGAGCGUGCCAGCUACCCAGGCCGUGGUGCAGCGAGCCCACCCUCGGCGCCCCGGCCGGACUUCCCCGCGACGGAGCCGCCUGCCACUUUCUCCAAGGCGGCGACAGGGAGCGUCAUGA